CACUCUGACCACAUGUGCGUGGCUCCGGGAGCACGCAGCGUGGCAAUUGGUGCACUGUGUCCCUAGGACACAGCGAGGGGACAUGUGCACUGAUCAUCAGGGCACUGAUGAUCAGUGUGCCCUGAUGAUCAGUGUAGCCCCAGAAGUGCCACCUCCCAGUGCCCAUCAGUGCCUCAUCAAUGCCACAUAUCAGUGCCUACCAGUGCACAUCAAUGCCACAUAUCAGUGCCCAUCUGAACUGCCUUUCAGUGUCACCUAUCAGUGCCAGUCAGUGCCACCUAUCAGUGCUGCCAGUUUGAGCCGCCUAUCAGUGCCAGUUUGUGCCGCCUAUCAGUGCGCAUCAGUGCUGCCUAACAGUGCCAGCCAG